AUGCCAUCUGAAUCAAAAGUUGAACGAGUUCUAACUGUUCAAGAGAUUGAGGAUCUGAAAGGAAAGACCAGAUGUCUCUACAAGCUAUUCAAGAAUCCGAGAAUGAUGCUUGCGGAACUGAAACCAACUCUUGUGCAACUUCUCGAAAGUAUGCACAUCCUCACUCUCUGUGCCGACGUUCCGCAUUCUGAUGCAUGCCGUAAAAUCGUGGAUUUGGGAAUGAAGCAGACAGCAAUUCUGGAAGAUAUCGUAAUUCGAGUGGUUUUAUGUGGAGAGACUGUCAAGGAAGUAGCUGAGAAGCACCUCCGUCGAGUUACCCAGAAUAAAAAAUCAAUUUCUACGUGA